UGCGUGGAACUUGGUUGCCCCACACAUUACUCACCUCAAAGUCUCAAAAAAAGGAGAAGCUAAUUAAGAAGAAGCUCUAUCUAUCUCUUAUAUUAUUAUUAUCAUGGCUUCUUCAAAGAUCUUGUUCUUGAACUCUUUCUUGGAGAGAAGAAAGAAGAACAACAAGAAGAAGGGUAAUAAUAACAAUAAUAAGAAAGAUGAUGAUUUGGAUCUUGUGAAGGCGGCUGCAUGGGCAUGGUACCAACGUGGUUCAGGAUCAGAAGGGAAUAAUAAUAAUAAGGGUUUGAUGAAUGACUUUGAUGUCACCACAACAACAAGAACUACUACUCAUCAAAGAACAUCGACUAGGCCUCCUUCAAGGUACAAGCUAGAAGCAAUGAAAAGAAUGGAACUCAACGAUAAUCAUCAUGAAAAAGAAGAAGAAGAAGCAAACAAUAAUAAAGGUCAUAGAAAGAAGAAGAACUCACUACUCCUUGAUGCAUAUGAAGUGCAAAGCAUUUCAAGGCAAAUUGAUAGUCAUAUUAUUAUGGAGUCAAAUAAGAACAACACUUCAUCAUCAACUAGUUUAAUGAUGAGGAUGAAUAAGAAGAAGAAUAAGAAGGAAAAAACAAAAGGAUUUUGGCUAAUCCAUGGUGCUGUCUGUGGAAGAGGAGAAGAUGUGGUUGAUCCAACAACUUCUGCCAUGAGAGGUGGUCGUCGUCGCCAACAGUCAAACCGUCUAGCGGAGGUGGCGGAGCAGGAGGUAGCGGAGGGGAUGAAAGAGGUAGUGGAAGAGGCGAUAGAGGCAGCACAUGAGGCUGUGAGUGUAGCUGUCAGUGGGUCGCAGUUACUAUCAAUGGGUAACUCUUCUUGA